GAUUGACUGUUUCCAAGGAGACCACUGACACUACCGAGAAUUGGAGAUUGGUCGGUGUUGUAGACAGACGCCUGUUUUGCAAUUCUUAGGUCUUUACAAAAAGUCUGGGAAGCUGGUUUUCCUGGGUCUGGACAACGCUGGUAAAACAACACUCCUACACAUGCUGAAAGAUGACCGACUUGGCCAGCAUGUACCAACCCUGCAUCCAACCUCAGAGGAGCUGACAAUUGGUGGCAUGACAUUUACCACAUUUGAUUUGGGAGGACAUGUACAAGCUCGAAGAGUUUGGAGGAACUACCUGCCCGCUGUGAAUGGUGUGGUCUUUCUUGUCGACUGUGCUGAUCACGACAGACUCACAGAAUCAAAGACUGAACUCGAUGCUCUCCUUGCUGAUGAGACCAUUGUCAAUGUUCCAGUGCUAGUGCUGGGUAAUAAAAUCGACCGUCCAGAAGCCAUCAGUGAAGGAGGCCUGAGAGGUGCUUUUGCUCUUGACGGUCAAGUUACUGGAAAGGGAAAUGUUUCUCUGAAGGAGCUGAAUGCUCGCCCACUGGAGAUUUUCAUGUGCAGCGUGUUGAAGAAACAAGGCUAUGGGGAAGGUUUCAGAUGGUUAUCGCAAUACAUUGACUGACAUGCAAAAGUCAGACUUUGCCAAAAGGCUUUUAAAUGACAUGUUAUCAUGAGAUAUGACAAAUACGGUCAACCAGCCCUAAAUUUAACUAAUGUUCCUAAGGGCAUUUCCUUUUUGUUAAAUUCCUCUAUGCAAACUUUCAAAAUUGUUACUGAUGAUAUACCCUUAAUGUUUUAUUAAUAUGAGCCAGUAGCAUGGCAUGGUGAUUACCUAAUUACAGCACACGAGCAGCCAGACAUUUAGCAAGAAUGCAGAUAUAUGUGCUUCAGUGGUGCAUUAUUUAUUACUGUUUGGACUUCAUUAGAAAGUGAGUCAGGGGACAUUGUGGUGUGUGACUUAAUACUUGUCUGACUUUAAAUUAGAACAGCUGAGUUUAGUUUUAAAAAAAUCUCUGUAUACAGAUUCAAGCAAUUUUAUCUGGAAAGAGACAUUUAUUUUAAUUGAUACAAUCUAAUGGUAUGCAGCUUCUGCCUUCAAACCAUAAAGCCAAAGAUCCGUGCUUAAGAAUCGGGGAUCAGGAGGGAGAUAGAGGACAUCUUUCAAGCCAAAUCCUGAGCCAACUUCCCUUCACAAACCAUAAAAAGAGAAAGCAAACCUGGAACCUUAUGGUGGAGUGAAAUGACAUAGCUUGCUGAUGAUAAUUCUGUUGUCAAAGCUUUUUGAAUUUAUUGGCCUAAUGAUAACAGCACAGUCUAAAUGUUUUUAAUGAUUGUGUUCAUGGCAGCCAAUUUGAAGUGAGUAUGUCUAAACCGUCGCAAAAUUAGGUGUUCAGUGAGGAAUUCAAAGAAAUAACAUUCAUAUUGAACAUUUUUCUUUGACUUCUCUGGUUUCAUUGUAUUAUGAAGGCAAUAAUUAUGACACACCCUUAACACGUCAAAGAGCAAUAAAGUAGAAUAGCUGGCUGUAUUGUAGAGAAUACAUGUUGCUCUAAGAACAUAUUAGCAUAAAGCACUGCUGCAUAUAACACAGCGUCUCGCCUGACCACUUCGCUCCUGGUGAAGCUCUUGAUUGAGUUAAAUAUUGAUUAAAAAGUCAAAUUUGAAGUGAAUAUAAUAAAAUUUGACUAAGAGUCUGCGGUGAAAGACUAAGAAUAUUUUUCUAUGUAAUCAGGAUUUUCUCUGUCCAGGACUAACAGAAGUUUAAGUGCUGCUAAUGUACUUUUUGAUUAUCUGAAAAGAUAGGAGAGUGCACUUCCCGACACAACGCUAAGCUGUCUAAAUGUUGUCCAUUUAUCCUUCUUCUUUCCUCUCUAGGGGUUAUGGGGGUUACUAGAUGUUUACAAUGAACUGUUCAAAUUGUGACCUCAUGAGCUCAGAAUAGAUAAGAAAGGAACAUUUGGGAUCCUUAUUCCUUAUAUACCGUUUCCUGCAUGUUGUGUGAACAGGGUAGAAUAGAGAAUAAUUUAUUUGUUGACAUAGGAAAGAUUUUUUACAGGGAAGUGUUUCUUAACGUGUGCUGCAGUAUGCAUGUAAACUAAUUAUGUUUCGCUAUGAACAGUGUUCUGUACCACUUCCUACAACUCCUGUAAACUAUGUAUGAUACAGAUGUAAAUUCUUGUACGAUAACUAUCUUUGAGCUGGCACUAUAGAAUAUUGUUAUUUAUUUCUGUUGGUAUACUGAAUUAAAUUAAUAUUUUCUGCAAAGAUAUGUUCCUAUAGUUUUAAUUAAAGUGGACUGUGUUAAGAGUAAGAGUGAGUUUAGUUCAUUUGAAAGAUAAUUGAAG